GUUUGUAUACAUGAUUCCUGUUUGACAUGACUGGAAACGGCGUUAACAUCCCGGCUGACUUGCCCACGACGUUGGCGGCCGCUGUCACGUCGGCAUAUGCCGCUCUCCCAAAGACUGGAAAGCCUCAGCCCAACGAGCACACCGUCCUAGCAGGCUUUGCCAUAGCCUACGAUGGUACGGAACCUCCGCAGGCACCCACAUCCUCAUCCCCAUCAUCACCACCAUCACGUCCCUGCAGCCCCCCUCAAGCCCAACAUGCACCCAACUUUACCAAGCCAUCAGUGGCUGUCGUGGCGCUGGGUACCGGCACCAAGUGCCUGGGUGCCUCCAAGCGCAGCCCCAAAGGCGAUGUCCUCAACGACAGCCAUGCAGAAAUCAUCGCACGGAGAGCGCUGCUUGCAUGGAUGUACGGCGAAGCCGCGCUUGCAUUCGGACAAUUGCACGAGAAAGACAAAAGCUUCGAUGGCGAUGGCAGCAACGCCAGCGGCGGCAGCGGCAGUGGAAGCACACGGAUGUCGGUAUUUGAGGUGGUUCCGGAGUCGACAGGGAGCAGCACGCCAGGAUUACUACCGGCAACAGGGGACGUCGACUUGGACGGUUGUUGCAUGGAAAGGCCCUUGCGACCCACGGGUCAGGCCACUGCCACCACUUCCGUUGCCGACGACGCUGCUUGGUCAGCCAAAGCAGCUGCGGAAGGGGCUCCAGUGGUUGAGCCGUUACGAUGGCGGUUACGGUUGCGGCAGGGCUUGCGGUUGCUGAUGUACGUCAGCCAACCGCCCUGUGGCGACGCUUCCAUUCUGGACUUAGAGGCUGUUACUGCUACGGCAGGUGCUGCUGGUGCUGCUACUGCUUGCUGUGGUGCGGCUUCGUUGCCGGCAGGGGCAGCAGCUUCCGUUCUGACCCCUGAAGCACCACCACCCGGCGUCUCCGCUCCUGCUCCUGCUACGGCCGAGGCUUGUACCGGUGUCGUGGCUGCUGCAUGUUGUAGUACGGGUUCGGCAGCAGCGGCAGCAACGACUGCCGUACCUAGCCAUGCUGUAGCUCCUGCAGGGCAAGCAGGAGGGACGGAGGGUCUUAUGCCUCUGCCGACGGGUGCACCCGCAGUGUCAGGGACGGACUUGGAAGGUGGUGAUGAGGCGCCAGGUAGUUGCAGCUCCCGCGGCAACCUAGCAGCUGCGGCGGAGGGCUGCCGUACGGUUCCGUCCUCCUCCUCCUCAGCAAGUUGCCUCGCAACGGUUCGGUUCCGAACGGGCGCGAAGGCGAUCCGACUGAUGGCGGCGCCCUCACCCUCGCCCUUGCCCUCGCAACAGCUGGGAGCCACAGAUGCGGCAGUUGAUGCGUUGAAACCGCCAACGGUAAGACCGACGGCGACGGUGGCCGCCGCUGAAAGCGACCCAGUAUCAGCAGCAGCAGCAGCACCCACGGCAGCAGCAGCUCCCACGGUUCCCUCCUUCCUGGGUACUGGUAUCCCGGCGGUACCGCAAGCCCAUGAGGUUGACCUAGAGCAGCAGCUGGCGGCGGCGGGGGGCCUGCGGAGGAAGCCGGGUCGCGGCGACGCCACGCUCUCACUUAGCUGCAGCGACAAGGUGGCGCGCUGGUGCUGCCUGGGCGUGCAGGGCGCCCUGUUGAGUGGCCUGCUGGAGGCUCCGCUGUUCAUCGACACCUUGGCGGUUGGCGCCACUACGAGCAUGGAGCUGGCGGCGGGCCGCGAAGCCGCCUGUUCAGCGGUGGUCCGCGCCGGUACCCGAGCCUUCCACACGCGCCUGCAAGCUGACCCCGGCGUGCAGACGCUGUCUCCCUCUUCGUCGCCUCCCUCUUCAGCAGCCAUUCCUGCUGCUGCUGCGGAGGCGGAGGCGGCGGCGGCAACGGAGGCGGUGCAGGAGGGAAGGAGGGCUGGCGAGGAGGGAGGGCUUGUACGGCACCUGCUGCCGCUGCUGCCGUACCGUUACCAGCUGCACCCUCCGUACAUAGCAGCGCUGCCGCCGCCGCCCAGCCACUUGGGGCUCAACCCGGAUGCGGUUCGCAAGGUGCCCUCAGGUGUGUCCAUCAACUGGUCGGCAGCCCCCGGAGCAUGUGCGGCACAACUCUCGCUACAUGCUACCCCACGCAUGGCAGCAACAGCACCAUCAGUUGCGCCAUCCAGAGGAGAAGGAGUCGCCGCCGCCGCCGCAGUAGCAGCAGUACCCCAGGCAGCGACAACCGGAAGAGCAGCAGCAGCCUCCGCAAAUGGCGUCCACUCUUUCUCCCCCAGAAGUGCAAGCAGUAGCAGCAACACGCUGAGCUGGUCCGCAGCGCCGUUGUCCCGCGGGGGUGAGCACGAGGUGACGCUUGCUGCCGAGGGUCGCAAGGCGGGUGCUGCGAGGCGCAGUGCGGGAUGGAGCUCGCGACGCACCCGGUCGCGGCUGUGUCGGGCGGCGCUGCAGGGGCGGGUGGUGGAGCUGCUGGAGGGACUGCCCGGGGCCGCCCAAGAAGCCAUCUGGUGUGCUGCACAACAGCGCCACCACCAACCGGGCUCCUCCGCACAGCCAUCGCGUGACGGCAACGGAGGAGGGUGUUGUGUCGACGUGGAUGAAGAUGAUGAUGCCCAGACGGAGGGUUGCCGCCGCCGCUACUGCUGUGGCUCCUCUUCCUCCUCCUCCCAUGCAGCUGCCCGGCAGCAGCAGUCCUGACUGGCGCGGGGCUUCCUAUGGGCGGCUGAAGCAGCUGCUAGGGGGACGGGAGGGGGGCUACUAUGCUGCAUGGCAGGUGCUGCGGAGACCGCCGGGACUGUUUGCACUGUGGCUGCCCAAGCCGGCGGGUCACUUGGAGUUUAGGAUGGAG